UUACAUUUUUAUCUAGUCAAGAAAUGAUUGAUUAUCAUUUUUUAAGUGUAGAACAUAUGACAUUAAAGUGUUUUGAUGAGUUAUGUUCAGAAGCUAAGAUAAACUCUGAAAAAAUAAAUUUAUCAGAAGAAUCAAAUAAAAGUAAUGAGAAUAAUUUGUCGGAAGACGUUCUAAAAAUAUCAACAACUAAUUUAGUAAAAUUGCCAUACAUAAUAUUAACAAGAUUUCAAAAUAUCAAUGAAAAUUGUGGUUUAUGUAAAUUAUGUAAUGCUUCAUUAAUUUGGAACAGUAAAAUUAUAGUAACACAUUUGUURGAAUGUAAGUACACAUAUGUUUUAACAGAUUCAAUCAAAACAACUGUAAAAACAUUUGAUUGUAAUGUAUGCAAUCAUUCUACAAAUUGUAUGGAUCAGCACAAAUUACAUAUUAUGUCACAUUCACAUCUCACUAACUGCUAUGAUACUAAUAAUUAUUAUUCAUACUUUUGUGAUGUAUGCAAUAGAUAUAUUUAUAGUUAUAGACUCGUUAUUCUCAAUCAUAUUAGAGUGUGUCAUAAAGAUAUUAAGACAACAGAAUUUCCUAUGUUUUCUAUAUUUAUGGCAAAUGUAUUCAAAGAGUUAAAUACAAAUGCAAAAGCAAAUAGAGUUGAAUUUAUACAUUAUCCCAGUACUAGUAAACCUAUAGUAGUUUUUAAAACAGACUCAUUUCAAUGUAAUACUUGUAAAAUUAUAUUUGAUACAAUCACUGAUUAUAAUUGGCAUUUAAUUACAAGUGAACAUAUUAUUUUGAGUUUUGUUAUCCCRAAAGCUAUGAAGAAAAGUGAAAAAAUAAAAAAAUUGAGUACAACUAACAUACAAACCAAAAAAUCAAGUAUAAAAAAGAAUGUUACAGUAUCUCAAAAAUAUGAUGACAUUAAAAAUGAAGAUACUCAAAAUGAGCAAUUAAAUAGAAGUCUAACCAAUCUUGAUGUUGAUGGAAGGACACACUUGUGUAGUAUAAAAAAAGUUCAGAAGUCUCUUGUAAACAAUAAUGUUGAAAAAUUGAAUGAUGUACAAAAAGACAGUAAUAAGUCUAUCGAACAUACAAAGUUGAUAUCAAAWCACAGUAAACAUCGGCAACAAUAUUCAAAUUAUUUUAUACAUAAAAUGAUUUUAUUGAAAAAGUUGAGACAAUAUGAUGAUCUUGUCAUGAAAACUUUGUCAUACUAUUGUGAUGCUUGUGAUUUUAUAGCUAUAGAAAAAUAUGUGUGGGACAGGCACAAUCAAAAAGAACAUCCUGUAGAUAGACCUAUAACUUAUUGUUCUACAUGCUUUAUGUUAGUUGGUGGAAACGAGCAAGAACACAAACAAACGAAAGAACACCUUUUGAACUUUUCACAAUCAUUUAAAGAAAAAAAGGAAGGAAAUGAGUUAAACGAUACUGAUUGCUUCAAAGGAGGAGGAGAGGUAUUAGAUCAAGUUGAAAAUGAAUCAAAUAAAGUUAAACCAAACUUUGAUGAAACAUCUUGGCCACCAUUGACAACACAGUUCAUCUUUGAAAACAAAAAAAUAUGUGAACCUGAUGAAGACCAACUGUAUGGGGAAUAUGAGAAUACAAAAUAA